AUGGUUUUGGCAUCGGAUGACGAGGAUGAUGAUGGCGCGGCGCCGGCUUCUCAAGGUGGCGCCAACUUUGAUGUGCCCCUGGAAAUCGCGAAUAUCCUGCAAAGCGCCAAGGCGUUUUCCGACGGCCAUCUACACCUAUUUCAAUACCUCGUCAAGAAGCGCGGCUGUGUGACGAAGAAGCACUUCUACACUCGCUACAUCUUCAUCCAACACGCCCUCAACAACAGAAAUCCGCAUUGUGCUCAGCGUGUAGCCGCCGAUGCUGCACAACUCAACGAAUUAGCCGAUGCAUUGCGUAAAAAGAUGAAUUUUGAGAUCUCGUGGAUGAAGCUGGAGGUGCGGAAUUUUUUCGCCGAGGUCGACGGCUGCGAAUUCUACUGCUUAGUCAACUCGCAUCCCUACGACAAGGACCUUAUGAACUCCAACGGAUUCUCGGAGGAUGAAGUGUUCUUACUCCUGAAGUGGCUAGAGUACAUUUUUACUCAAAACUCGGCCGAUGGCGCUAUUAGCCUACGGAUGUUGUGCGACAUCGGCGGCGAUUUCCCCAAUCCGGUGCGACCCGUCCGCGUGGAGGCAUUUCUCGACCAUCUGCUGGCGCACAAUUGGAUCAAGAAGGGCGCUGGCGAGACCUACGACUUUUUACCCCGAGCCAUCGCAGAACUGGAGCCGCUGCUGCGGAAUCGAUUCAACACUACGCUUUGCCAGCUGUGCAUGCGGAUUUCGGUGAAGCGCACGCUGGCCGUCGUGUGCAAAUGUGGGCGUCUGAUGCAUGCGCAUUGCUAUCAAAAGGACAAAUGCGGGGAGACUUACGAUAAGAACACUCAACUCAAGACGGCCGUCGAGCACGACGAGGAGAUGGCAGAAUGGAUCGACAACGAUGGCGGCGAUUCAGGGGCUGGCCGAGAGGACGAGGAUGAAUCCACCGCAUCGGCGAACGAAUCGCGAGAGGUGGAGCCGGACGAGAUGGAUGAAUCUGAU